AGGCCCGCUUCCUCUCUCGGGCGGGCGGGACCCGGGCGUCCCGCUCUACGCGGGCAGCCCCCGGCCGCCACGCAAUGUCCGCCGGCUGGUUCCGGCGCCGCUUUCUACCCGGGGGUCCGCUUCCCGAGCCGCAGCCACCGGGGCCGCGCUCCAGUCCGGUACCCUAUCACCGGCCCCGCUUCCUGCGUGGCUCGGGCUCCAGCCCCGGUGCCACCGACUCCUCGCGCCGCUCGGACUCCCGGCCCGUGCGUUGCCCGGCGCGAGGCCGCACGCUGCCUUGGAACGCAGGCUACGCCGAGAUUAUCAAUGCUGAGAAAUCUGAGUUCAAUGAGGACCAGGCUGCUUGUGGGAAGCUGUGCAUCCAGCGAUGUGAGUUUGGGAUUGAAGAAGAGUGGCUGACGGUGUGCCCAGAGGAGUUCCUGACAGGUCAUUAUUGGGCCCUGUUUGAUGGGCAUGGCGGACCAGCAGCAGCCAUUUUGGCUGCUAACACCCUGCAUUCCUGCCUGCGCCGGCAGCUGGAGGCUGUGGUAGAAGGCUUGCUGGCCUCCCAGCCCCCCAUGCAUCUCAGUGGCCGCUGCGUCUGCUCCAGUGACCCCCAGUUUGUGGAGGAAAAGGGCAUCCGGGCAGAAGAUUUGGUGAUUGGGGCCUUGGAGAGCGCCUUCCAGGAAUGUGAUGAUGUGAUUGGGAGAGAGCUGGAGGCCUCAGGCCAGGUGGGUGGCUGUACAGCCCUGGUGGCUGUGUCCCUGCAGGGGAAGCUGUAUGUGGCCAAUGCUGGGGAUAGCAGAGCCAUCUUGGUGCGGAGAGAUGAGAUACGGGUGCUGAGUUCUGAGUUCACCCCAGAAACCGAACGGCAGCGGAUCCAGCAGCUGGCCUUCAUCUACCCUGAGCUUCUGGCUGGUGAGUUCACCCGACUGGAGUUUCCACGGCGGCUGAAGGGGGAUGACUUAGGGCAGAAGGUUUUGUUCAGGGAUCAUCACAUGAACGGCUGGAGCUACAAACAGGUGGAAAAGUCUGACCUCAAGUAUCCCCUGAUUCACGGACAGGGUAGGCAGGCUCGGUUACUAGGAACACUGGCUGUCUCCCGAGGCCUGGGAGACCAUCAACUCAGAGUCCUGGACACCAACAUCCAGCUCAAGCCCUUCCUGCUCUCCAUCCCACAGGUGACUGUGUUGGAUGUGGACCAGCUGGCAUUGCAAGAGGAGGAUGUGGUUGUCAUGGCAACUGAUGGGCUCUGGGAUGUCCUGUCCAACGAGCAGGUGGCACGGCUUGUGCGGAGCUUCCUCACUGGGAACCGAGAGGACCCACAUAGGUUCUCAGAGUUGGCGAAAGUGCUGAUACACAACACACAGGGGAAGGACGAUGGUGCUACUGGAGAAGGGCAGGUGUCCUACGAUGACGUCUCUGUGUUCGUGAUUCCUUUGCACAGCCCAGGCCAAGGGAGUGGUGGCCACUGAGGCUUCAGAUACUUGCACUCUAUGACCUCUUCAGGACCAGCACAGUCUGGACAUACUGGACAUCCACUGUGGCUAAGAGUGGACCCUGUCUGACCUGUCCCCAACCACAGCUCAGUGCUCUUGCUUUCUGCCUUAACUGUUUCAAAGACAGCAGUGAGUGUCGAGCCUAGCCUACCAGACUCUACCUUCUGCAAUGGUUAACAUUCCUUCUGGCAGCAACAUAUGGUGUCUAUUGGCUCCUCAGUAGCCUAAAGGGUUUAGGGUACUAAGAUGCUUUGGGGAGCAGGCAGCAAACUCAUUUGGUUCUAACCCAUGAAUGUCAGGUCAUCCAUUUAACCACCCAUUAACACGGGUGCCUUCUUGAAAUCUCUGGGCAGUCUUCACAUCUGCUGCAUCAACUAUCUUAACUUUUUUUUAAAUAUAGGGUCUCUAUUAUGUAGUUCCGACUGUUCUGGAACUUGUUAUGUAGACCAGGUUGGUCUUGAAUUCACAGAGAUCACUUGCCUCUGCCUCCUGAGCGCUGGCAUGCACCACUAUGCCUGGCUGGACCAGCCAUCUUGAAGAUAGCUCGUGAGACCAGUUCUGGUCCUGUCCUGCUCUCUACUCAUGAAGGGCACAUGUCCCAGAUAAAGUUGGAAGAGCAAAAACAGGGUGAGAAGCUUCCAGAGUUGGCUAUGCCAAUUGUCACUGCCUGGAGCCUGGCUGCCAAUCUGGUUGCUUUUCACCAAUCCCCAGGCCUACCCUAUAUCUAUGCCAACAGUGUCUGUUCUGUUUCCCCAGAUCUUAUGCCAAGUACAUCUACUUCUCAGCUAUCCAGUUCUUGUUUCUAACCCAAGUUUAGUCACCUAGCAUUGUCCCCACCCCCUCUGCUGCUCUCACCCUGCCCAGCCUCCAAGGAUUCACUCACCUCUACCCCCAGCAUUGGCCACCUGUAGCUUUCCUUGCAGGAACUCAGCCAGUCUCUGGUAUUAAAUGUUUGUAUGUAAAAGAGC